AUGAAAAGGCCCUUCCAGGUCCACAAGACCGCUGGCGGCAUCGUAAAGGAUGUCACACGAGAUAAUUUUCAGCAGCUGUGUGCGGAGAUGCUACAGCACCUCCGCACCGCCACCUUCACAGCCGUUGACACCGAAAUGUCAGGCCUAGGUGACACAGCCCAGCUCAAGCUCAAAGACAUUGGCGAUCGGUACACACACCUGCGCAACACCGUCAAAGAUAGGGCUCUGUUGAGUGUGGGCAUAUCUUUCUUCAUUGAACAGCCGACCAAC